AUGUUUGUGGUCACGGCUGUUGCUACCAACACUCGAGCUGUUGGUGAGCUGGCGGGAAUAGCUGUAGGAGCAACUGUCAUGCUUAAUAUUCUUAUAGCUGGGCCACUGACAGGAGCAUCAAUGAAUCCAGCAAGAACCUUGGGACCAGCAAUGGCUGCAAAUAACUACAAAGGCAUAUGGAUCUACCUUACAGCUCCCAUCCUUGGCGCACUAGCUGAUGCAGGUAUUUACACAGCAGUGAAACUGCCUGAGGAAGAUGAUGUAUAG